AUGCCAUGCUACACCACUCUUGUUAUAUAUAUUAUCGCUCAUUCAUGGGUAUCCAUCCAGCUAUGUUUCUCAAUCAAAGAAAGAUACAACACUACUAUGACAAACUUUCUAUACCUCGUAACUGCAUUCAUUUCGUUCGCUUCGGUUGCGUUGACUGCACAGAGUGAGAAAGAGGCAGCAGCAGAAUUAAGAUCUUUAAUGUCCAAAGAGAAGACUUCUUUUCUGAACACAAUCACCGCCACUGAUGGUAGGCCUUUCAGCCUUGUGCACUACCAUGUAUCUACUGACAGGUGUGAAGGAAUGGAGAAAACGGGUGAGCCUAUUUUGAUUGUAGUAGACAAGUCACCCCAAAGUCAUUCCAUUAGAAACAACGGGCCGGCAUCCUUUUCCAUAAAUGAUAACUCAAUUCAGUACAAGAUGAACGGUGUGCGCAGUACGUUCUAUGGGUCUUUUGAAGAGCAGCAACCAACCGAUGAGCUAAAAAAAUGCUUCCUAAGUGUUCAUCCAGAUUCACAGGCGUUGAUCCCCGGUUUUAACCCCAAGUUACCUACUCGCUUCUAUAAGCUUAAAAUAUCAGGUAUUUUCAAUGUUCCGGGCGCAGCAACCAAUGGAUACCACGGUGCAGUCUCACCAAGCCUCUACGCUGCGGCAGUGCCGGCUUAA